UGUUCUCGCUUUAUUGAGGUUCUACAUGUAAUAAGAUAAGAUCAAAAUCUUUGUUGGAUAAGUUAUUCAAAAGGAAAACCGGAUUCAAAUCGUGUCUCUUUAAAAAACAACAAAACUAUCUUGACAAACAAGCAGACGACUUUGCCAUUGCCAUAGUAACUAGAUCACCCAUGGCAACCUUUUGUUUGUUUUCUUUUCGAGUAGUUGGCGUCUCUCUCAUAUUAGUAGUGGGAUGGAAAAAGGGAUAUGGCAGAACUACAUUUAAUCGGGCAAAUCAUCGGCGGAACAGAGUUUUCCGAGAAAACAAUUUGCUGUCGCUGGCAAUUAUCUUCAGGUAAAAAUUGGCGUGUUCUAGAAGGAGCCACUGAAGGCCAGACGCAACUUGACACACCACAAAUCGGUUCUGUGAGCAGCUGGAAUCAUCCAUUGGACGUGCACUGGGCUACUCGAGGUCUUCAAGGCUGGCCGCAAAUUCACCUACAGAUUUACCACCUGGACGCUUACUCACGAACCAAUUUGAUAGGCUACGCAUCUGCAUCCAUUCCUACUCGGCCCGGCAUCCACUACAUCGACGCUCCGGCCUGGAGACCUUUAGGUACAUUCACUGAGGAGUUGAUGCGUCAUUUCAUUGGCGGUGGAGUCGAGUUGGCUGACGCAGAGCGAAUCCAAAACGGAGCCGAUCGAUCCCGUUUGAGAACUGAAGCCACCGGAAGAGUCUACUUGGAAAUCGGAUUAGUCUUCCGGGAUUUCAAAAAGUUUGGCAUCGAGUACUGA